AGAGAGAGACACCACCACGCGGCGCGCACUCAGCCAAGGACGGUGCCGCGCUCCAGUCACCCUGUGAGACCCUCCGGACCGGGCUGUUCUGCCACCGUGGGCUCUGUGGACCCGCUCCUCUCAGGAGGGGAGAAGAACCGGGCGCUGCAACGAGCCGCCGGCUCCAAGAAAAGGCUCGUCCCUGAAAAAUCACCUGCCCGGAGCGACGCGUAAACCCGCGGCGCACUGUUUGGACGGAGCAGCUUUCCGUUCACGCCUUUGACCCGGACGUUUGGAUCUGACGCGGGACGUUUCCACUUCGCGUGUCCCCGGAGACCAACCGCUGCGAUGCGUUUGGGGAAUUGAGUUAACGCAGCUGUCGGAUGCGGGACAUCAGCAGCUGAGGAACAGGCGCAAUAAAACGGUUACGAGUCGGUCGAGCGUCUCUUACACGGGUCGUUUAAAGCCGAAGAGGACGGAGACGUCCCCCCGGAGAGCGGGACAUGGCUGGUGUCGCCUCUGGAGCCCGUCUGUCGGAGCCCGCCGCUGGGACGAUACGGGCAGAAAGCCGCACCUGACCGCGAACGCACCACCCCAUCCAGGAUCCGCUAUGACGAGGAACCGGACCCGGUGCCAGGCGCUGACCACUGUCCUGCUGCUGGCCGCUGCCGUCUGCCUGUCGCUCCCACACAGUGCCUCCUCGUGGCCUCCCUCGGCCGAGGCUUCGGCCCGUCCCGCUCGCGCCAGGAGGCAGCUGCACUUCAGGAACGACUGGGCGCCGUGGAGCGGCUGGUCCGACUGCUCACGCAGCUGUGGGGGCGGAGCCUCAGUACGGACACGCACCUGCAUCACCAGAAACCCGGUGGGUGGACCAUGUGAGGGAGAUCCCAGACAAUACAAGAUCUGCAACACCAAGGAGUGUCCCCCCGGCUCCGAGGACUUCAGGGAGAUGCAGUGCUCUGCGUUCAACGACCGCCCGUUGGUGGCUGGGAGCUCCUUCAGGUGGACGACGUUCCACGGAGGCUCCAACCCCUGUGAGCUGAGCUGUCUGGCCUUGGGUCACAACUUCUACUACAACUUCGGCCGCGUGCUCGACGGCACCGCCUGCGACGAGGAGGCCGGAGCGGGAGCGGUGUGUGUCAACGGACGCUGCCUGAAGCCCGGCUGUGACUCUGUCCUGGGCUCUAAGCAGCAGGAGGACGCCUGCAUGGUGUGUGGAGGACGUAACACCACCUGCCUGCAGCACAGGAGUGUGUAUGAGAGCAGCGGCCUGGAGGCAGGUCCGUUUGGAUACAGCGAAGUGGCCAUGAUCCCGGCUGGAGCCACUCGCAUCCGAGUCAUCGAUAACAGCAGGAAUUACCUCGCGCUCCAGAACGGUCGCUCCCAGUUUGUCAUCAACGGCAACUGGAAGAUCAGCGUCCCGGGCGAGUACAGCGUAGCCGGGACCAAGCUGCUGUACCGGCGCUCCGCAGACACCUGGGAGAGCUUCGAGGUGCCGGGACCCACCCAGGAGGACCUGCAUCUGAUGGUGCUGGCGACGGACAGACGGGGAGGCAUCGAGUACGAGUACUGGCUGCCUCCGGAGCAGUUCGCCCUCCACCACGGCCGGAGGAGUCCGCUCCGCCAGGCCCAGCACGCUGCCAGGUACCGGCCCCGGGAGGAGCCCCGGCCCACGGCCGCCAGCGCCGGCGCCGGCGCCAGCACCGCGCGGCCCCACCGCUUUUUGAGGCCCGUGAAGCCACCACGUCAGCCUGCUCAUCAGAACCAACACCGGCCCGUCCUGCCCCGCCUGGAGCGGGAGGAGAACCACAGAAACCUCCUGCCUCAGCCCUCACCUGGAAGGAAUUGUGGGAAGUGCCGGCGGGUCAAAGGUCGAAGAGAACGCCAGAAACAGUACUGCCAGAAGGAUUUUGUCUUCCGGGCCAGGAUCGUUGGGAAGUUGUACCGAGGCGAGGAGACGCGUUACGACGUCCAGAUCGUCCACACCUACCGGAACCGCUUCCGCCUGGAGCACCGGGAGUUCCUGUGGGUCCCCAACGUGUGCGACUGCCCCCAGCUGGAGGAGGGGAAGCAGUACGUGCUGAUGGUGCGCCGGCACAUUAACUAUGAGCACACGCUCAACCGCAUCCUGCUGGAGGAGGAGAGCUACGCGGUGCCGUACCGGCCCAGAGAGGACCGGCUCCUGGCGCCGCUCAAGAGGCUCUGCAGCAACAGAGGGCCGGAGGCGGGGCGGCAGGGGUGAGCCUGGAGGCGGACCGGGGCUCGGUGGGACCCGAGCAGCGGACAGGUUCCAGCGGUGGCGUCGCUUCAAACUCACCACAUUCAAACUUGGACACGUUUAUUUAAAAGCCUGAGCAGCUUAAUAUCCGUACAGAGCACUUUACACACAGCGAAGAGAAGAACACUGACCUUCAGCUACGUCUCAUUGGUCAUUUGUGUGUGUAUGUGUGUGUGUGUGUGUGUGUGUGUGUGUGUGUGUGUGUGUGUGUGUGUGUGUGUGUGUGUGCCUGUGCGUGUGCGUGUGUGUGUUUAUCGUUGCAUUGAACAGUAAAUGAAGGGUUUGGGUUUGAGCUGAUCACGAGUCAAGCAGAACACGACUUCAGAACCAGCUGCAGGUGAGAACGACCACCAUCACCAGGCUGUGGCUCAGAUCUCCUGCCUCUCUGAUUUAACAUCUCUAAUGUCACUUAUUGCUCCGUCUUUGUCUUGUUCUCGGCCCAACGUCAUUGCUGCAUCUAUUACUCUGUAACAGCAAAGAUUCCCGUCUCACGUGUCAGAAGUCAGUGAAGCCGAAAGACAUCAAACAAAACAGAAACGAUGUUAAACUGUCUGAUGACCACUAAGGAGUCUUUGAUUGAUGUUGCUUCAAAUCACAUUCAUGUAUAAACGAGCUUUAAUCCAACUGGUUGUUUGUGACCUGGUUCUGUGUUGUAGUCACUCAUAAUGUGAUGUAUUCACCAGUAUUGUUUUGUUGCUGCCAGCGGACAUUUUAAAACCCCACUUUUGUGCCAAAGCGGUUUGUUCACAUGGACGAUCACCACUUUCUCUGUGAAUAGCUUCAUUUUUUAAUUAAAGCCAAUUUCACGCCUUCGA